UUUAAGUGUUGUUAAAAAGAGCAAUUGUCGUUGCGUGUCAUAAGAGAGAAUAGCGAAAAAGAAGGUAGCCUCAGGAGUCAAAAAGUCAACAUAAAUAUCGUUUUAACCAGAACGAGUUGGGUCUUCUUUGUCGAAGACAAGUUUUGGUGCGGGUCUGCCCAGUUUCGAGGGAUACCGAAUAUCACAACCGCAAUCAUACAUGCUUAUAAUUUCUGAGCAAUUCAAAGGUGGUUUGUGUAUUUUUUCGUUUACAAGACUGUUGGAUUUGUUAGCAUACGAAGCAAUGAACGUCCAUACUUAUGAAUCUUGCAGCCCCAUUGACUAGCGGCGUCGCGAGAGUGAACUUCCGGGGGAUGCUGGUUCAGGAGAAUCUGGAAAUCCUUUGAGCAUUGUCCACAUGGAUACAGUUUUGCAAAGAGAUACAGAAAGUCUGAGAGCGAAUCUUGCUCAGCCUGUGUUGGUUUUUCAGGAAAGCGAGCCAGUAUGGUAUGUAAUAACUAGAUACAGGGUUAGCAGAAGACAUACAUGAGUUUACUACUUACCCGCCAUCCACUCCGUCCCAAUUCUUUUCUAUAGAGUUUCGCAAUUAGUAAUGUACACAAAUAAGAAAAAAACAAAAAGUCGAUCGCUCUUCACGUUCAGCAUACCUGGCCUCUUUGUCGCUCAUUUCGGGCAUAAUUGAUUCAAUGCCAGGGGCAUUGGGACGUGGUCUGCUUGGGCGCUUUGUAUCUCCUAAAUUCAAUCGUCCGUCUCGUUGAACGUCAAUAUGCCCAAAAUACCAGAAAAAAAGAAUUAACGUCACCGAUGCGAGUAGCAAAACUUUAAAUUGCUUUCUCAUUAUGUGAAUGAAACAGUUUCCGAGGACAAUCGGUGUUGGUAAGUUAAUAACGGAAGUCAAGACCCGUUCAGAUCUCAAUAUCCACCAAUCUAUUAGAUACCCUUCAAUUUUAACAAUUGCCGCACAGACUGCUAUUGUCAAAUUGAACUAAAGCAUUUAGUUGGGGUCUCGGGAUCAGAAGGCGCUAAAAGAGAAACUUUCAGGGAAAGUGCCGAAAUAGCGCGAAGUUUUUUCAAAUCUAAAAACAAGAGCCGCAUUUUUGCGUCAACAGCCCAAGGGCUUUCGAAAAUGAAAUUAUCAAUUCAUUAUUGUUUGAUUUAAAACUAAUAUACAGUUCAUGCUUAGGGCCAUAUGCAAGUGAUUAGAAUAAUACUAGAGCCAUCUAGAAACGGUAGCAAAAAAUAAAGGGAACGUGUAAGAUUACGGAAGGAGCAUGACAAGGGGAAACGUGACGACCAUGUGAGAAGAGAACCUGAAAGAAGAAAACGAAAAACUGAGUGAGGUGAUCGGAUGUCGUUUAUAUCCAUUCGCAAAGAUGGUGCUCCCAGCCCUGGAAAUCUGUGAGCCCCAUAUGAUGAAUGUUUUGCUUUAGGCGUUCCCGCUUGCGAUCCGUCAGCGGAACAAAUGCCUUAGAGCCGGGGGAGAAGUGAUGUUUCACUUUCGUGAAUACAUCCUUCAUAGUACUUCGAAAGCCUUUGGAUGUCUGCUUAUCCGAAUCAAAGAAGCUGAGUUUCUUGGGCGUCGAUUCCGAGAGAAUGGCUUCGUAAUGUAUGCCAUCAUUCAUGUCUGACAUACUACAGAAUGAAUUGCGUUCUGACUGCUGAAUGGAAUUGGUUCGUGAUGUUUGCCUUGAGACAUCUUGGGAGUCAUUGCCUUUGGACCUUAUGGAUGACUUUGUAGUCUUUGGAAGCAGCAAUCGUGUUUGAGAAUUUAAUGAGCUGCACCUUCCCGACAACCAAGGAGAAUGACUUUCAAUAUUACGAUUCCAAGGCGAGGACGGUGACUGGCGCUCAACCAGAACAGCAUUUGCUACAAGUUCGGAGGGUGUUAAAGGUGAAUAUGGAGCCGGCGUGUGAACAAGGGGGCUAGGUGUCUCGUAGAAUUUACUUUUCGUGAGGCUCGCAAUGCCGUUCAAGCGCAAUGGAGCUGGUUUACUUCUCAACAUGCUGGUAAUAAGUAUGUGUAAAUGUCUCCUAGAUUUUUAAAACAGAGGGGACUUAGAAGUCCAACGAAGCGGUUGAUAUGGUUAAGAGUUUCAGAAAGUGAAUAGGCUACAAGGAUGAAUACGGUUAAGAGAUGGGCAAUUGUGUCCGUUUUAUAGACAGAAGUAAUCGACGCGUCGAGUUCAUUGUUUGAUAAAACAAAGAAUUGUGUACCAGAAACGCGUGCGUGUCAAUUGCUUUCAAUUUGGUGUUAAGAUCUGCUGCUUUGUUUUUUUGUGCAAUUCCGAUCGGCGAAAAACUCUUUGUUUCAAAAGAUGACUUAUUAUUUUAAGAAGAACAAGACGAUCGAUCUAAAAAUCAAUGAACACGUAAACAAUUGCUACUUAUAUACAUAGUAUAAUGUAGUUCAAUGAACCCAUAUGUGGAUUUUACGGGCCACCUGGUCACUCUUGUGGCUUCCAUUCCACUUUCCCUGGUGAUAAAUAUUACAAGUGGCAACAACAUAUUUAAAACGUGUUCACCCCUCACUUUCCAAUUAUUUAAACGCUUUUACUAAUGUAUACGUCUAAACCGUUAAUAUAAUUCUAUUGUUGUACAGUUACCAAGUUAACUUUCACCCUUCCACUUGUUUACUUCACUACGAACUGAAUAUUUCUUUUUGCGGAAAUGUCAAGACACCAGUGUACACAUGACUGCUCAGAACAUGCAUUUGAGAGUUCUCCUUCUGAUUCACUAUACAACUGUAUUGAUUUGGACAAAGUUUUCGUGUUAAAUGAAGGAGAAGAGAGUGCAGGUAGCAAGGUUAUCAAACCUUGGGACAAACGCUAUGAUGAUACCGAUAUUUUAAAGAGUGACGUUGAUGAUCAAUUAAUUAUUCACAUUCCAUUCACGGGUUCUGUUUGUUUAAAAUCUAUUCUUGUUCGUGUUUUCAGUGACGGUUCCGCACCGCAAUCUGUUUCUCUAUUCCCAAAUCGUACGGACUUGGAUUUUGAAUCUGUCGAUGAGCGUAAACCUACAGAGACGUUCCAAUUGCCGGUAGAAGGUGCUGGUUCUGAUGUAUUAGAAUUCCCUGUUAAAACCCGUCUGUAUCAGAACAUGGCGAAUUUGAACCUUUUCUUUCGACGUGACGAUGGUGAUGAUGAACCUGUAGAAAUCGCCUUCAUUGGACUUCGUGGAACAUUUAUUCCGUUUAAGGGCAAUCCCAUCAUCACCCUCUAUGAAGCUGCUCCUCGUCCGACCUCUCACAAACUGCACGGAGUGAAUCUGGAAAAUCGGUUUAAUGCACUAUCUUAAGUUGCCAUUUUGUAUAUACAAAACAUGAAAAGUAUUAUUGAUCGUUUCGUUUUAGUUAGUGAGCAGAUAUAAAUUUCGUGCGGGACUCAUCAAUUGAGUUACCCACAACACAUGUCUGUGGCUUGAUUAGGUUUAAGCGUUUCGUUUCAUGGUAGUUGUA